GGAUCAUUCUGGGCUUCGCUCUGAGGCCAUACAAGAUGAGCUACCGUGAGGUGAAGUACUUCUCGUUUCCAGGAGAGGUUCUGAUGAGGAUGCUCCAGAUGCUGGUUCUGCCUCUGCUGGUCUCCAGUUUGAUAACAGGGAUGGCAGCGUUGGACAGCAAAGCUUCAGGAAAGAUGGGUGUGAGAGCUGUGAUUUACUACAUGACCACCACCGUUAUCGCAGUCUUCGUCGGGAUCAUCAUCGUCCUCAUCAUCCACCCAGGAAAAGGAUCCAAGGAAGAGUUUGGGAAGCAGAGGACCAUCGAACAAGUCAGCCCUGCCGAUGCCUUCUUAGACCUGAUCAGAAACAUGUUCCCACCAAACCUGGUGCAGGCAUGCACGCAGCAGUUUAAAACUAAAUACGGGAAACGAGCGGUCCACGUGACGAUCACGGUGAACGAAUCCCUCUUCAACUCCACCAACGGCACCCAGGAAGUCAUGGAGAUCACCAGAGAGGAAGUGAUCCCGGUUCCAGGUCAGGUGAACGGGCUCAACGCCCUCGGGUUGGUGGUCUUCUCCAUGUGUUUUGGUCUAAUAAUUGGCAACAUGAAGGAGCAGGGUCAGCUCCUCAGAGAGUUCUUCGACAGCCUGAAUGAAGCCAUCAUGCAGCUGGUUGCCAUCAUCAUGUGGUACGCUCCGAUUGGAAUCCUGUUCCUGAUUGCAGGAAAGAUUGUGGAGAUGGAUGAUCUGACUCAGAUGGGGGGUCAACUGGGCAUGUACACCAUCACAGUCAUCAUUGGACUGUUGAUUCAUGGUGUCGUCAUUCUGCCCACUCUUUACUUCGUCAUCACUCGACAGAACCCCUUCAUCUUCAUCACCGGACUCCUGCAGGCUCUGGUGACGGCCUUAGGGACCUCCUCCAGUUCUGCAACACUUCCAGUCACCUUCAAAUGUUUGGAGGAGAACAACCGGAUUGAUAAGAGGAUCACACGGUUUGUGCUGCCGGUCGGCGCCACCAUCAACAUGGACGGGACGGCUCUGUACGAGGCGCURGCAGCCAUCUUCAUCGCCCAGGUGAACAAUGUGGAGAUGAACUUUGGUCAGAUCAUCACCAUCAGUAUUACAGCCACUGCAGCCAGCAUCGGAGCUGCAGGGAUCCCUCAGGCUGGUCUGGUUACCAUGGUGAUCGUCCUGACCUCGGUCGGACUUCCUACUGAUGACAUCACUCUCAUCAUUGCAGUUGAUUGGUUCCUGGACCGUCUUCGGACCACCACCAACGUCCUGGGGGACUCCAUCGGGGCCGGCAUCGUGGAGUUCUUGUCCCGACACGAGCUCCGCAGCAAAGACGUGGAGAUGGGAAACUCUGUCCUGGAGGAGAAGGAGCGCAAGAAACCGUACAAGCUCAUCUGUCAGGACAGCGAUGUGGAGAACGACAGGCGUCCUCACAGAGAGUCCAACAUGUAGCCGAACUUCAGCUGUUCUGUAAGGUUUCAGSUGUUUCACAGUGUUGUGUUUGAGUCGUAGCUGCAGAGCUCCAGUUUUUAUUAGUUUUAUUUAUUUACGGUUUUUUAAACUCUGAUGUGUAAAAACUGAAUCUGGUUUUAUUUGAAUGAGUUUGUGAGAAAUGAUUGGAUCCUGACAGCUGGACUUCCUGUUCUCACAGCAGGUUUGAGCCUCAGGAGGGAGGGCAGGGAGUGAUGUGCAUGUGAGUUCUGUUGUUUCUGAAACCUCUCGGAUUCAGACUUUAGUUUUAAACUUUAUGUUUUUGUCCUGUUUUACUAAGUGAAUAUAAAACCUUGUUAAAGUUUGUGUUUGUGGAAUGAAUAAAGCUCUGAAGAUAAA